CCAUUGCACUCCAGCCUGGGUGACAGAGCGAGAAUCCAACUCAAAAAAAAAAAAAAAUUAGCCAGGCAUGGUGGUGUGCGCCUGUAAUCCCAGCAUUUUGGGAAACUGUGGAAGGCGGAUUACUUGAGGUCAGGAGACCAGCGUGGCCAACUUGGUGAAACCCUGUCUUUACUAAAAAUACAAAAAUUAUCCGGGCAUGGUGGUGGUUGCCUAUAAUCCCAGCUAAUUGGGAGGCUGAGGCAGGAGAAUCACUUGAACCUGGCAGACCGUGGUUCCAAGUGAGCUGAGAUCACGCCACUGCACUCCAGCCUGAGUGACAGAGUGAGACUCCAUCUCAAAAAUACAAACAAAAAGUUAAAAAAGUUGCAAAACCUCUGCUUUCUAAGUGCCCCCCAACCAGGUCCCUCGCUUAUUCAUUCAACAAACACUGCUGAACUGCUACUAAGUCCCAGGGACUGUCACCGGAAAAGGAGGUCCCGAUCCAGACCCCAAGAGAGGGUUCUUGGACCCCACGCAAGGAAGAAUUCGGGAGAGUCCACUGAGUAAAGUGAAAGCAAGUUUUAAUAGGAAUGUAAAGGAAUAAGAGAAGGGCUGCCCCAUAGGCCGAACAGCGGCCUGGGCUGCUCCACCAAGAACUCUUAUUAUUGUGUCUUGAUAUGUGCUAAACAUGGUGUGGAUUAUUCCGGACUUUUCCGGGAAAGGGGCAGGCAAUUCCCGGAAGUGAGGGCUCCUCCCCCUUUUAGACCAUCUAGGGUAACGUCCCGGCGUUGUCAUGGCAACUGUAAACUGUCCUGGUGCUGGUGGGCGUGUCUCUCUCAUGCUAAUGUAUUAUCAUCAGCGCAUAAUGAGCAGUGAGGACUGGCUGUAGGUUUUGGUGGUUUGGGGCCAGCUUCUUCACGGCAUCCCGUUUAUCAGCGGGGUCUUUGUGAUCUGUAUCUUGUGCUGAUCUCAUCCUGUGACUAAGAAUGCCUGACCUUCAGGGAAUGCGGCCCAGCCGGUCUUGGCCUCAUUUUACCCAGCCCCUGUUCAAGAUGGAGUCUCUCUGGUUCGAAUGUUUCUGCAGAACCAUUCCACGUUCUUUGGAUUCACGGCAAAGGGGCUGCGGCCUCUGCCCCUCUGUGCCCCACUGUGUGUGGGUCCUAGAAGCAUUGCAGAGGCAGCUGUGGCUGCCCCAACUACGGUGGAACCUGGGAGACGGGAGUCUUGGGAGGGGCCUCCUGGAGGUCCAUUCUAGCUUCUACCUCUGGGAAGCUGGCGUGAGGUAGUUUCUGUGGCCUCCCCGGCCCUGAUUAGGACGGGACUUUCCACCCAGCCCCCAGAGCUCCUCGCUUCUUUCCUGGUCAGCCUUACAGAGCUUCCCUUCUAGAAGAGGAAGACAAACAUUUAAAUAAAGUAAACACAUAGAUACUUUCCUAUAGUGAUAAAUGCUAAGAACAAACUAAAACAGGGUUAGAGACGCACAUUGCCGCAGAUCCAUCUGUGGUCAGGCUCUGGGAAGGUGAUGGAUGAGUAGCCUGAUGAGGUUUGCGGGGCAGGGUCUGUGUGGCUGGGAGGGCAGUGGGAUGGGGUCCCUGGUCCCUUGCCUGGAGACCCUUUGGGCCCUUGGAGAGGCAGGUCCUCUAGGGAGUGGGGGAGGCCAGGCCAGGGCCCUCAGGAGACUCUGUCCUUGGGAACCUGGGAGGCUGAAGGGGGCUGGGGUGGGAAUGGGCAGCCCCCAUCACCUUUCCCGUGCAGCCACUGGAGAGGCCAGGCUGCUGCAGCCACCCCAAAAAGCCACGCUCUCUUCUCCUGCCUGGCCCCAUGUACUGGGAGACAGGAAGUGCCCUCAGCACCAGCCCUACCCACGCUGCCCCAGGCCCCCAGGAUCCCGAUGCCCCAGGCCUUGCCGGGGCAGAGCUGCUUUUCCGGAUGCCGAUGCACCCUAGCAGGGAUUCUCCCCUCACUCCCCACCGCCCCCCGCCCCCCGCCCCCAUCUGCCCAGGCAUCUGUCCCUUCCCUGGCUCCAGACUUGCCCCAGCCAGUCCCCAAAGGGUUUUCAUCCCUACCAUGCCAGCACCACCCUCUUCUCCAGGCCACCUGCCUGGAGUCCUUGGUGAAUCUUUUGUCCUGUCCAGCAUUUACAGAAAGGAAGGCCAGAACCUCACCCUGCCCUCCUCCCCAGCCUGGAAUCAGGAGGAGGGGCUGGCACCCACCCCUGGGUGGGCUUAGCCAGCAGGGACAGGAGUGGGUGAGGGGGCUGCCCGAGGGUGGGCCCCGUGGAGAGACCUGUGAGGCCUUCCAGGGGCACAUCGGGGGCACAUCCAAGGCUGUGCUUCCUGGGGGAGGUGGCAUCUGAGCAACUUUCAUCCACAAGCAUGUUCCUGCUUGUCCUCCCCAACCGCCCUGGCCUUUGUUCCCCAGGAGGGCAGCUGAGCUGGGGCCCUGGCAGCCAGCAGGGGAGGGAGUAUGUUGGACAGGGGCUGUGCCCGAAGGCAGGGCCUUCCUAAGUAGCUGAGUAAACAGCAUCAGGUGGCCUCAGCCUGGCCCAGGGGACCAGCUGUGUUCUCCCAUCCCCUGCAAGGCUGAAGCUGCCACCUUUCAGCUUUUCAGCAGCAGACGCUCCACCCCAAAGCCUGCAGAAGGGAUUUUGUGAAGAGGGUCACCAGGCUGAGCCUCGGCCAGAACCCGUCUACAGAGGACCCCCAGCCAGAGCGGAAAGCUCCUGAGCCAGCUCCCUUGGGUAACGGAGCCAAGCCCCUCUGAAGGCUAAGUGGAUCCCUGCUUCCCCAGAUGGACUCCCAGAGGCCUGAGCCCAGAGAGGAGGAGGAGGAGGAACAGGAACUGCGGUGGAUGGAGCUGGACUCCGAAGAGGCCCUGGGAACCAGGACAGAGGGGCGUAGUGUCUUCCAGGGCUGGGGGCACCUGCUCCAGGCCGUGUGGAGGGGCCCUGCAGGCCUGGUGAUGCAGCUGCUGCGGCAAGGGGCCAGCGUGGAGGACAGGGACCACGCAGGCCGGACCCCGCUCCACUUAGCCGUGCUGCGGGGCCACGCGCCCCUGGUGCGUCUCCUGCUGCAGCGAGGGGCCCCGGUGGGCGCGGUGGACCGGGCGGGGCGCACUGCGCUGCACGAGGCCGCCUGGCACGGGCACUCGCGGGUGGCCGAGCUGCUGCUGCAGCGCGGGGCCUCGGCAGCGGCGCGCUCCGGGACGGGGCUCACGCCGCUGCACUGGGCCGCUGCCCUGGGCCACACGCUGCUGGCCGCGCGCCUGCUGGAGGCUCCGGGCCCGGGACCCGCGGCGGCGGAGGCGGAGGACGCGCGCGGCUGGACGGCGGCGCACUGGGCGGCCGCGGGCGGGCGGCUGGCCGUGCUGGAGCUGCUGGCGGCCGGCGGCGCGGGCCUGGACGGCGCCCUGCUCGUGGCUGCCGCUGCGGGGCGCGGGGCGGCGCUGCGCUUCCUUCUGGCGCGCGGGGCGCGGGUGGACGCCCGGGAUGGCGCGGGCGCCACAGCGCUGGGUCUGGCGGCCGCCCUAGGCCGCUCCCAGGACAUUGAGGUGCUGCUGGGCCACGGGGCAGACCCAGGCAUUAGGGACAGGCAUGGCCGCUCCGCGCUGCACAGGGCUGCUGCUGGGGGACACCUGCCCACCGUCCAGCUGCUGGUCACCCAGGGGGCUAAGGUGGAUGCGCGGGACACCCUGGGCCUCACACCCCUGCACCACGCUUCUCGGGAAGGCCACGUGGAGGUUGCCGGCUGCCUCCUGGACAGGGGUGCCCAGGUGGAUGCUACCGGCUGGCUCCGAAAGACCCCCCUACACCUGGCUGCAGAGCGAGGGCAUGGCCCUACCGUGGGGCUUCUGCUGAGCCGAGGGGCCAGCCCCACCCUGCGGACGCAGUGGGCCAAGGUGGCCCAGAUGCCUGAGGGGCACCUGCCCCAGGAGCUGCCAGAACUUGGAGGGGGGCAGAAGGAGUGUGAGGGCACAGAGCCCACGGGCUGAGCCAGACAGCAGGCUCCAGGCUCCACCGCCCCAGCCAUUUCCAGGCUCUCUGGCUGAGGCUGCCUGUCUAGAGGGGACAUCAGGGGAGAGGCUUCUGGAGGAGAGGGUGGGAGAAAGUGGGGGAUGUGGCUUGAGCCGCAGUCACAGGCCUUGGCUGGACCAGGGAUGGCCCUCAGCUCCCAGGAGGGCCCACUGACCCUGCAGCUCCAGCCUUCUCCCCACUCUAGCAAAGAAUGAGCUGUGGCAAUGAGGGAAGAGAGAGACCCUCUCAUAUUGUUUUAUACUCAGUACCUGUUUUAAGAAAAAACAACAAGGAAGUAAAACCAAAGACAGGCAGCCCAGUGCCAGGCCUGAAACCAGGCCUAGGCCUGCCUGGCCUAAACCCAGUAGUUAAAAAUCAACUCAAGUUAGAAACCGCUGUUAUUCAUAUUUUCCAGACAUUGUAUAGAAGAACAUUGUGAAACUCCCUGCCCUGUUCUGUUGCUCUCUGACCACCAGUGCAUGCAGCCCGUCAUGUACCACCUGCUUGCUCAAAUCAAUCAUGACCCUUUCAUGUGAAAUCUUUAGUGUUGUGAGCCCUUAAAAGGACAGAAACUGUGCACUCGGGGAGCUCGGAUUUUAAGGCAGUAGCUUGCCGAUGCUCCCAGCUGAAUAAAGCCCUUCCUUCUACAA